AUGGCUCCACUCCGCCGUAAGAAGGGCGCUUCACCGACAGCUUCUGCCUCGCCAUUACCAAUUCCACAGCUAUCACCCUCACGACAAGUGGCCAUAAAGACACCCAUGAAGUCGCCUUUGCGCCAGGUACGUCUUGCUGGAGUUACAAAGAACCAGAAAAUGGUUUUAAUAGAAAAUCUGGACCUAGAGUUAACUGAGCGAGCUAAGAAACUUCGUUCCCAAUGUGCGAUGCAAGCGCAGGCCCUCAAACAAAGGAUCGAAAUGCGCAUUAAUAGAGUACCAAAGAAACUAUGGGAUGUUACAAUGGGGGAAUUACUCGCACAACAUGGACCCGUCGCUGUUACUGAUGGACCAGUGUCAGCCAAGCUGAACUCUGCAGCGGUCAAAGAAUUCGUGGAGGAUAUAAAGAGGCUGAGCGGGGGAGAAGAAGGAACAGAAAGUCCCCAGUCAACACGCCUUCUGGUCCAGAAGAAAAGGGUCACUAAGAAUACAGUUUCUGCCCGGGAACAAAUGCCACCACCACCUAUUCCUGCUACCGCAAAUACACCCCGCCCCCUCGCCCUUUCGCCUUCAAAACCCAGCCUUCCCUCAGCAUCUACUCUCCCGUCUUCUUCCACCAAGACUAAUAAAAAUACAACCUCUAAGGCACCAGCCCGGGUUAUAAGAAAUAUACCCUCCAGCCCCCCCUCAAUAGCAUCCUCCAGUCGAUCUUCUUCCCGUGCAACGACCCGCUCAUCUUUAGAUGCUACUUUCACUAGCGCGGAAGUUGGUCAAGGUGCCGUGAAUCGCGAGGCAAAAAGUUCGCAGAGUAAACCCAAAAAUGCGGCGGUAGCUUCCACGGGUUCAGGGUUGAGACGGGGUGGCGUGAAAGCUACGGGAAGCAAUGGUAGCUUGAAGGAAAAUCGAGUUGAAGGUAUAAAGAAGGAGGUGGGCUCUAUAAUAAAAGCUACCAAGAGGGAUACGAGUGCGUCCUCAAAUGGGGGAAGAGUCCUGAGGUCGAGAAGGUAA